UGCAUCCCUCUCAGAUUAAAGAAACUGCAAUCCCCAUGUCCCGAAGCAACCGCAUAUCACUCCAUCGCGUCCUGCCCACGGACGCGUCCGUCCUGGCGACAAUUCACAACAAUGCCUUCCCCGAUGAUAAUUUCCUCAAGCUUAUAUACGGCCCUCCAGAGGAAAAUAUUGUAGGCUUGGCCAAAGAACUUGAACAAACCAUCCGUGACAACCCCAACGCUCGGUUCCUAAAGGCCGUAGAUAAUGAGUCUGGAAGCAUCGUGGGUUGGUCGUGGUGGAGUAUCUACCGCGAUGCGGAGACCCAUAUAAAAGCGACGGAAGAUGCACUGAAGAAGAGUACUACGCCGCCGCCGGGAUCGAGAUGCCCGCAGGCGUAUGUGGAUUAUCGUCGUAUGGUCGUGCAGAAGCGGGAGAAGUGGAUCGGGGGCAAAGCGGUUGCCAUCCUGCAAGUCUUGGUGGUUCUUCCCGAGUACCAAGGUCGUGGAAUCGGAACCAAAUUACUGAUGACUGGGGUUCAAGAAGCGAAGGAUCUACGUUUACCGGCGUGGUUGGAGGCUUCGCCGGCUGGGUAUGCGGUUUACAAGAAUUGUGGGUUCCAUGAUGUCGGCGAGAGUCUUGAUUUUGACUUGGUCAAGUAUGGUGCCGUGGGUGGGAGGCAGGGGUAUUGUAUGUUGAUGGACCAUGAUGGUACGAGUUGAAGCGCGACCGGGCUCUGUUUUCGUAUUCAUUUGUUUUUUUGCAAUCCUCAUUUUGAAGUUAAUGAUUUUGUUUUUACUGUUCAAAAUAGUAUACCAUGUAAGGUGCCAGGCUUCCUUGGGCGGGUGAUGAGAUAACAUAUGGAACCUUCCCAAGGAUGCUGCUUC